CCUCAGACGGAGCUCACACAGCCAAGCCGGGCUGUAGUUGCAUGGGCCUACCCGGGGUAAAAAAAAAAAAAAAAAAGAAGAAAGAAAGGGAGAGAAUCCAAAGAGGAGCGUGGUUUCUUGAAGGCUGAAUCACGCCUUGCCUUUGUCCUCUGACCCCCCCUUGCUCAAUUCCAGAUCCCGUCCCCUAUAACACACACCCACCGACGCGGCGACACCCCCUACUCCUCCGCCUCCAGCGGCCGCCUCCGCCGAAGCUGCUGCAGUCUGCGGGAAUGGGGGGUCGGUUCGCGCACGCACCGACUACCAACUACCUGUGUGGCCCCGGCAUGGACGAUAGUGGACAGUGAUGCGUUCGCGACCGCACUGACUGUCGGAGACGCCAGUGCCUCCUCAGCUUCUUGUCGGACAUGUCGACUUUGCCACAUAUUACUGACCGCAAAUAAGGCAUUGCGUGUGCCAACUCUUCCCUGCGAAUAUGACUUUGUGAGCAACUCUCUGGCUCGCCACCCUCGCCGGGAUUCCCCCUCCGCUUUUCCGACCAGAAACACAAUAUAUUCUGCAAAAAUGGACAAAGACAGUCACGUCCAUCAAUAUGAACCUGUGGCCGAAAUUGGAGAAGGCGCUUAUGGGAAAGUGUACAAAGCCAGAGAUUUAAAGAACGGAGGGCGAUUUGUUGCCUUAAAGAGAGUCCGAGUGCAGACGGAGGAGGAAGGGAUGCCACUGUCAACCAUCCGGGAGGUGGCGGUACUGAAGCAACUGGAGGCGUUCGAGCACCCCAAUGUGGUCAGAUUGUUCGAUGUCUGCACCGUCUCUCGAACUGAUCGUGAAACCAAACUUACUCUUGUGUUUGAGCACGUGGACCAAGACUUGACCACAUACCUAGAGAAGGCCCCGGACCCUGGAGUACCGCCAGAGACCAUCAAGGAUAUGAUGUAUCAGCUCCUCCAGGGUUUGGACUUCCUACACUCGCACAGAGUGGUCCACAGGGACCUGAAGCCUCAGAACAUCCUGGUCACCAGUGGAGGACAAAUCAAACUGGCAGACUUCGGUCUAGCUCGGAUCUACAGCUUUCAGAUGGCAUUAACUUCAGUGGUGGUGACUCUAUGGUACCGAGCUCCAGAGGUGCUCCUUCAGUCCAGUUAUGCGACACCAGUAGAUCUAUGGAGUGUGGGCUGCAUUUUUGCAGAAAUGUUCAGGAGAAGACCUCUGUUUCGUGGGAACUCGGAUGUCGAUCAGCUGCGGAAAAUUUUUGAUGUUGUUGGUGUACCUCCAGCAGAAGAAUGGCCACAGGAAGUGGCCCUCCCACAGAGUGCCUUCACCCCUGUGAUCCCAAAGCCAAUAGAAGACUUGAUUCCAGACAUGGAUGAGCAGGGGCGGACUCUCUUAUUGCAAUUCCUUGCCUUCAACCCCUCCCGGAGGAUAUCUGCCUUCGCUGCGCUGAGCCACGACUACUUCCAAAGCGUGGACAGCCACAGUCGAAGCGUGUACGCAGCACAGCCCAUCCUCUGCAACAAGCCCACUAUUGAAGAGCGGUCUGCGUGAUGGGCUCCUUUUAAAGAGUUGAUUUAGAGUUCACUCAGUCCAUCCGCAGAGUUUGCUGCCUGAUAAAAGAAUCAAUUCAAGAUGCUGCCUGAAGCCGAUAUAUUUAGACUUGCAUGAAUGAAAGGAGAGUGCUUGGUCAGAACCUUCCUCUGACUUGGGUAUUAUAAUGUGUAAAUGUAAGAAUGACUCCGCCCCUUUGGGUGGUCCACUUGGCAGCAAUUUUAGAAUCACUGUCGAUGAGUCUGUUUAUUCAGUUACAAAAUUGUUUUUCAAUGCAAACGCCUUCUGAGACAUUCAGAAAGGAUGGAUGGUUGAUUCACUCUGACGUACCCAUAAACGCGCACGGACCCUCAAGUCCCUCCAUGAUUUCGUGGUAAUUGCUGCUUUUAGGUUGUUGAAAUGGAAUGUUUUAACAAUGCAAAGACUCUUGCGACUUCCCCUGAGAUCGCAAGACCGACUCGAUCACCUCCUGGCUAAGAGGGAAGAUUUUGGGGGCGUCAAGAGGGACAUCGCCUUUGGGUUUGCUUGCUCCGCUAAUCUUUACAGCACAAUGACUGAUAUGGACUCCUUAAAGUGUGUGCACUGCCGCUGACAUCCACACACUUGCGUCUUCAGUCAAGACAACAGAGGCACCUCUCAGCCACUCACUGCCUUCGUCAUUAUUUUAUUGAUCUCUGUUUGUGUUUGGUGCCACACUGAGGAUGUGCUGAGUCACUGCGGACCAGUAGCAGGAUUCUAGUGGUAGUUGAGACUCAACACUUUCCAGCACAUUCCAGGCUACCAACAUGAGGAGCUUACACGGCUGCUAAAUAAACAGUAAAUGCAUGGAUGUUUGUCACCACAACGAUUAUAUUGACUAUCCACAUUGUACACAGGCUUGAAGAAAUGGAGGAGCACUGUCGCUGUUGCAGACGUGGUCCACCCUUCUGUAAUGAAUUGUAACAUUGGCAAGUCUUAUAUGCAUGUUUGCUGCAGCUCAUGCCUCUUAGAAACCGGGCCUUUUUAUAUCCGUACACCAGCUUUUUAGCCUCCUGUCUUAGGGUAGUUUGACGACGCAAGGGUCAUAUAACUGAUAGGCAUUGAGGUUGUGCAGAACCUAGGUGUAAAACAAGCAGCAAGUGCGACGUGUAGAGUUAUUAGACGGGCAAUGGAAUGUCGAAUGGUGAGAGUAUUUUGUCUGAUUCUGGUUCCGAUGGGUAGCUCAAGUCAGAUUUGAGUGAUGAUUUUUCUUUUGAAUGAAAUGCACAUUUAUUUUUGUACAGCUUUUUUCAGCCGCAUUUAUUUUAAAGAAAUGUUCCAUUGUUUUUUUGUUUUGUUUUUUUAUAUUUAACCUGCAGAUAAAAAUCAAGUCGAGCGGGGUUUAUUUUUCCUAUCGUGGUUCUUUCAGAACAAUAACACCUUGUUUACACACUGGUUUACCUUUUCCUACAGGUAGUGCUGCUAGCACACAAACACACACACUUUCUCAGGUUCUUUUUCAUGGACGUCCAUACUUUUCAGACAGUUUGCACAAUCUUGGGCUACUAACUGACUACACCACAACUCAUUCAGGUUUCUGUCGUCUUGCACCGUGAUCAGACCAUUGAUCAUUUCUCUGUUUCUUCCUUGGCAUUCUUCAUCUUACUGUUGUCUCCAAUAACUGUUUGUAUUUGCCACAAGUGUCUUUUGUCUGCCGGACCGUAGGCAAAUUAUACUUGUACAAAUAAUUCACCAACUCAAAUAGGCUUGUGUAUUUUAUGGUGUAUAAUAUUGGUUCUUUUACAUGUCGAGUACAAUAAAAUCUUGCUUUGAUGAAUUGAUACAAUUAUGUGCCAUUUUGAGUCCACUGGUGAGCUCUGCUGUUGUUUGCUUUGAAACCAAGUUCAUCAACACAAAUCCGAACCAUGUCACAUUUGUGUACAUCGUAUGAAAAUGUAUUGUUUAUUCUGUUUCACCAGUCAAAUAAAAC